UCGGCCACCUCGGGCAGGACUCCGUGGGCAGACACGGCUUCGGGAUAACACAGAGACAUGGAUACAGUCCGAAGGCUUUGAAAGCGAUCCACACUGCCCUUGCGUUUUGUUGUAUUAAGCAUUUACACGAGUAACAGCAGCAAGAAAUCAACUGCUGUCACAGCAAAGAAAACUCGGGACUUGCCUUACACAUCUUUUGUCAUUUUAACUGCUCUGCCACCGUUACAGCUGUGUAGAUGGCUUCCAAUACCAAUAUAUUGAUAUGAACAGGAGAAAAGAAGUAGUGAUGGAAAUUUAGUCCCUUAUGUGAAUCAGUUCCAUAUAUACUGAGGCCUCUAUCGGUAAAACUGCAACGGUUAAAAAUCAUGCAAUCAAAAUAAUGGAAUCUGAUUUAGCUGAAGUACAGCCAUUAGUAAAUAUUUUUACUUGUAACCAGAUUAAAGGGCUGCAUCGCUCUACAGCUGGUUUUGCCUUCAACAGUAAUUUUGCUCCAACAAAUUAACCUUGAGACACUGAACUCACAUACAAUUGACACAGUCCAAUAUAGUUACACUUGUACCAACACACUGUUUAAAACAGUCUGAGGUUACAAAAACUAACUGGGGUUAUCUUACACACUCACACUACAGAAUUAGAAGCAUCACAAUGUUAACAUCCGUAAUAAUCACUCUGAGCCGUGUCAGCUUCAGUAAGGAACGAGCGUCUGCCCUCUUAACUAAAAUAGAGACUACACAAGGUGUGCUUUAUGACUUACAAAUACUUUACAAUAUACCCGUUUUACAAAUGAGUUACUGUUAUCAUAUUCAUUACUAAUGAGAUACUAUCGUGUCUGUUACUAGAAGAAGUGACACCUUCAGUAUUUCUUGUGUUUUAGGGGUACUUUUCCAGAUGUAAGUUACCUGUGAACAGCCAUAACAUUUUGCAUAAAGAGCAGCUUUUUUAUCCUGGUCUUUUACUCACCAUAAGGAUAAGCUUCCAACAAUGCGGCUUUCCCUAUUCAGCAUACAAUUUAAACUCCCCUCUUACAAAAUAUAUAAUCUCUUUGUAUAUAAUCUCUUUGUGCAGUAUUAUCCCAUUUUCUGGCUGCAAUACUGAUUCAAAAGAAAAUUCCUCUGCUCCAUUGCUAUACUUGAUUGCACCAGCUUUUUCUGCCUGACAAACUUCAUUUUUAAACUUUUUCCUAGCCUAUGUGUUCUCUCACGCAAUAACAUGCAAAGCCACAAUUCCAGUCUCUUGUUCUUGUCAUUUCUGUGUUCUGUUUCCUCUCAGUUCACACGGAGACCAUUUAAAUCCCUCUGCUGCAUUGCCCUCCAAACAGACCCUUGGAAAUCUCUUUAUCAUAAUGCCUGCAAAAAUACCCCCUAAUCCCAAAGAACAAAAUUUUACUGCAAUAUGGAGUGCAGUGGCAAGACCAGGCUCCCCUGUAUCACUUCUGAGUCUUGCUACUCCCAAUACCUCUGUGUGUCUGGACACAUAUACUAUCUCCCUUUGCACCCAGCUAGUGACUUGCUCUGAGGCACAAACCACCCUACCAAAUACAAGGGGGUGUGAGCACACUCUUGGGUUCUACAGUGACAAUCCAUUAUAAUACUAUUACAAUAAAAAAUGAGGUAUCCUGUCAAUCUGUCAUUUGAGGAUUCAGUUUUUGUUAUUUCAGUGAUAAGAAAUAUCCACAGUUUUGUUGCAGUAAGUGGAUAUAAGGAACAGAAGUACAACUUCCUGGUUCCUUUAUAUUAUUUAAAUUUAUCAAAAUUUGCAGAUAGGUGUGUUUCCCUUGAAAAAUAAUAGUCACAGUAUAGAUGAACCUGAAAGCACUUACGUUAAUGUCCUUGCAUAAUCCAAAAUUUCUUUAGUGUUUCUUUUCUAUUCAGCCUGCCACUGGUUUCCUGGAGUAUUGUUAAACUGAUUUUACCAGUCAUAGCUGCAGAGUUUGAAAUACUAGUAUCUGCACGUCGUAAUAAUCUCCUGAGAUUAAAUCAGACUCCAGUUGCAGUUACCAGCAGUGACAGGUAAUGUUUAUGAUUUGUUGUGAUUGGUGGGAAAAUAAUGAAUUUUUAAAAAGAAUAUAACUUUUCUAGGCUUUACUCGUGUUCAGAGAACAUUUUAAAAUUAAGAUAUGCUAUCAGGCACCUGACUACUUCUGAGAUUAUGCUUUCCUUCCAUCCCAACUUUAUCUUUCCAUCUCCUAAUUACUAAACCCCAGAGCUGUAAGGGAGAAGUGUGUUUUGUUAGAGCAAGAGCUACAACAAACUUACGUGCUUCAACAAAGUGAAAUGGGAUUGGCAUGUGAACAUGAAAGACAUUCUCCAGUGGUUUACCAGUGCUGUAUGUAGUAAAGGCAAGUUUGGAAGACAUAUGAAGGAGAUCAGAAAAAGAGUGAGUUUAGCAAGUUAAAACUUUUAGUAAGGAACACUCAAGACCAAGACUGCAGAAAAGAGAUGUUUUGGGAUUUCCAUGGCGUGGCCCCAGGCUUCUGCAGGCAGACAGCACUGCUGCAAUUAUUGAUCUCUACUGAAGAGCCAAGGAAUGAAAUCACAGGAAAACGGAGCUGUGUCUUGGGAUGUUUACCUCUAAGAGUCAAAUCUUUCUUUGGUGUUAAGCAGAGCUGUGUAUCAUGGAACGAAGCUCACUUGCUCUUUUGGAAGCUACAUGGUGGAUUUGUACUUCAAGCAUUUCCCCUCUGAGGACUUUCAGCCCAGCUACAGUGAUGUGGUUCUUGGAAAAGAUCAGAGCUUCACAUGAAAAUGGAAACCUCCCUAGCUCCUCCUUCCUGGGACUGCCACCUGGCCAAAAUGGGCCUGAAAAAGCCCGAAUGGGGGCUGCUGCUUUUCCUAAUGUGCUCACCCCGGACAGAAUCCCAGAAUUCUGCAUUCCCCCUAGGCUGACAACCUCUGGCUCUGUUAAGAGCAUUGGCUUCCACCAGGACCAUGGUUCCGAGGAUGCAGACCUUAAUUCUUCAGACUACAGCCCCAGCUCUUCUUUGCCCCAUCUCAUUCAGGUGGAAAGUGCUGAAGAGAUCCCAGCCCUGGAGGAAGAAAGCACCAACUCAGACCCACAGUCCCAAGCAGCGCUCUCCCUGCCUCACUUUCCCAGAGCCCCCACUUCCUAUGGCUUCUGCACUCUGCUGGAGAGUCCCCACACUAGGAGAAAGGAGUCCAUCUUCCACGGUGACCCACGUGGUGCUCUGCCCAGCCUGAUGCUGUCUCGAUCCAGAGCUAACACAUUCAGUGGCAAAGGGAGUGUGUCUGAUCCCAUCGCUAUCAGCUUUGCUUCUGUGAGGCUGCCUCCCAAGCAUCUUUCUCUGCGCAGGCAAGGUGCCUGUGACAGUGAUACUGCCUCCUCCAGUGAUAACUCCCCUUUCAGUUCUCCGCUUCUCAACAGGUCACUCCCCAGAUCCUGCUCCCUGAUCAAAACACAAAGUCAGGAGGGAUUGCUCUGCCUAGCACUGAAAGCCAAGAACAAAUCCAGUGUGGCCAGGAACAAUUCUCUCUCUACAGAGGAGAGCAGCUCCACUGAUAACAGCCCCAGUGCCAUCAGGCGGGCCUCAGAGGGGCUGCUUGCCACACGCAGCUUCAGCAUGUCCUCUUCUCCCAUCUUCCCCCUGGACCUGACCCGCAGCCGGGAGAGACUCAUGGGAGAGAGCACUGUGGUAAUGGACAAGGGAGGCAUGUUGAGGCUCUCAGCUGAAUACUGCUUAGAGAAUAAAAGGCUGCGGAUCCGCCUAAUCAGUGCAGAGGGUUUAUAUGAUGACUCUGUAGAGCCCAAAAGCAUAAACUGUUGUAUCACCUUCUCCCUGGUGCCAGGGAAAGCACAGAAGCAGAGAAGCACUGUUAUAAAGAGAAGCAGAAAUCCUAUCUUCAAUGAGGACUUCUUUUUUGAUGGCAUUGCAGAAGAAGAGCUUUACAGCCUCUCUGUAAGGAUGAAAGCAGUGAAUAAAGGGUGCAGUAUGAAACGGGGCUACACCUUAGGAGAACGGGAAUUGUCUUUAAUGAGUAUGUUGUCAGUGUAAUGCUUUAAACAUUCUAACAGACUAAUUAUUAUGUCUUUUGAAAGUUUUCUACUAAAUAAAGUUUUGGGUUGAUG